GCAUACUAAAUAGUAUUGUAGCGCACUAUUUUGAUAUGCUGUUUUGAAAUACUAAUUAGUGCGUUAGUAUGCGGUUAUCCAUAGACGUGGUCAAGGACUCAAUACAAAGCUUUAGAUCAGUUUCUCUAGGGGGAAAAAAGACUUAAAGCCUCCCAUUCUAUGUAGCAUAUCGAGCAGUACGUUCUCUCCAUUGUUUCUGGACUCAAUAUCGCCCAAUUUGAUGUUCAGUGCAUGUAGGUCUUGGAUGAACGUUCUUCUCCACGUGUUUUGGGGGCGUCCUCGUUGACGUUUGGCGCCUGGUGAUACCCAUGUCAUUGUGGUGGUGGUUCAGUGGUUAAGACAUUGGACUUCUGACCGGAAGGUGGAAGAUGAGUUCACAACCCAGCACCACCAAGCUGCCACUACUGCGCCCUUGAGCAAGGCCCUUAACCCUCAACUGCUCAGUUGUGUAAAUGUAAGUCGCUCUGGACAAGGGCAUCUGCCAAAUGCCACAAAUGUGGUCUUAGGGAUCCGAUGGCUCUACAUUCAGAGGACGUGGCAAGCCAGAGUCUCCUGUGGGCGACAGUGACGUGGAGCUUGAGUCAGAUUGAUGCCAUUCCUUCAGAGCACCUCUUUGUUGGUGAUAUGAUCGGAAUAUCAGAUAUUAAGGAUUCAUCGUAUGCACCUCUGCUGGAAGGCGGCAAGCUUCUUGUUGAUGCUUGUUGAUCGUUCCAGGUCUCACAGGCGUGGGUUGCCAUCAGUACCACGAUGGAGCUAAACAGGCGGAACUUGAGCCUCAGGGAGAAGGAUGGCGAGGAACAGAUAUAGUUGAUCUUCCAAAACUCAGCUGUCUUUUUCACAAUGCCGUAUUUGAUGUCUGCCUCCGCCAUCUCCGCCAUCUAUAUCUAGCACCCUAUAUUGUUGUUUGGUGUGUCAUUUAUAUGAUGUGUUAACCACCCAAGGAACCAUUAAGGAACGUUUACAUUUUAUUUAAAGUGUUUUAUUAACAAGUGAACAAAUAACAAGCAAAACAAGCAGCCCGACUUCUCAACCAAUUUUCUCCUUUCAAUUCCCACCUACCAGCCAGCUCUCCACUAUCAUACAACAGCUACAAACCAGGGAGGGUGAAGGCUAACACGUGCUUUCUCCAGACAAGUGAAGCCAGCCAACCGUAUAUUUUUAAACUGGUGCUCAUGCUGCGUCACAGGCAGAUUAACACACUCAGAAGAAAACGUUAUACACCUUCUUACGCAUACGUAAACAUGAUUGGCUAACGUCGCAUAAACUGACAGGGGAGAGAGAGAAUAACUUCCCUCCCACCCAAUUUCAAUCAGGCAAUUUUUCUCUCUUGGACUCCUGCCCAUGUAUGACUGUGGCAUCACUGGUAGACAAACCUGCAAAUACCAUGAGUUCCACCUUCAAUCCCUUUAAUACAUCUAAAAAUGUAAUGUUGGAAAAAUGCUUCUAUGCUUUCAUGUCACAACAUCUCAGUUGGUCCAUCUGCACCACAUGGGCCAUCUCAGACAGUCACCUUUUUAAAAAAAAAAAAAAAAAACGGGCUGAUUUCCAAUUGAGGAGAAUAAUUUUCUUAGCUGCAGCCAUACUAGUCAUCAAAACAUGGUGUAAGAAACAUUGGCUUUAACAAAACUUGGUUUCUUCUGGAUUCUCCAUUUUUCUCCAACCUCACAAAAACCUCCAGGUAGGUGGACUGCCUACAAUAAAUUGUCCCUAGGUGUGAAUUGGUGCGCAUGGUGUCCUGCGAUUGACUGGCGUCCCAUCCUUAGUGUAUUCCCGUCUUGUUCACAGUGUUCCUGGGAUAGGCUCUGGAUUCACCACAACCCUGAGCAAGAUGAUGAAAAAUCACAUGCAAUCUACAUUUAAAGCCUUGUUAUGGAAAUGGCAAGAGUUAAAAGCUUCUGCAGGAGACACCUGUCAAGAUGGAAAGACGCAUGAAUCUGUGUGGAAAAACAUUUCCAGAAUGCUGUGCAUUUAAAGUAGCAGUGUGUGAAGGGUUUACAUGUGGUUGGAUGGCUGGUGAUGGGUGAUGUACACAUCUGAAAAAGGGAUUUGGGAGAGAAUGGCUAUCUCAAUGGGUGGAGGGGAUGGAGUCUUGUUCUGACAGAGAAUUUCGGAGGAAAGAAAACAUUAAGGCCCACCCCAUUGGUUUGCAAUACAGUUGGAACAUGUAGGAAAUAAGCAUUGGUUCUGCACUUAGCCUUAUAUGGAAAAAGAACACAGCAAGUAACCUUACUCCCUUUGCCAAAAUUGAUCACCUCUGCCGAUAUUGCGUUAACAACACCAGCUGGCUAACAUCUGAGCAGAAUAGAGGAAAGAGAAAUCUUCAAUCUGGUUGCGUUCCCAGUGUUCAGGCAACAGGCAUUCCUCCGAAACGGGGAACUUCAGCUGACUCAUAUGUCAUACUUCGAACAAGACUAGAUCUGAACAGGUCUGCGUUUGAGAGUAUUGCUCGAAUGACUCUUAAAUUCUGUUUCUGUCUUUCCAGGAAAGUUUCCACACAGUCACGUGAAGAAAGAAGACACUACUAUUUGGCUGAGAACUGUCAUAAAGGGAGAAAAAUCCCAGUUUACAGCCUAGUUGUAAUGGUAUUUAGGUGAAAGGAUACACGCUUGGGCAUGAAAUCUAUUGUGGAGAUCAUACUGGGCGAAUAAACUGAUCGUCAAGUCAAGUCACCGUUAUUUAUACAGCACUUUUCAAAAACAGCAAGUGUCUGCCAAAGUACUGCAAUAAAACCUAGGAUCGUGUCCUCUGGCACUCAGGCUGAACGGAGCACCGAGCGAAAAGAAAAAGAGAGCGAGAGAAGCAGAUCUCCAGAAAUAGCAUCGGCCAAGGAGCACGUAUACGAACGGGCGAAGGAGCACGGAGUCCCACGGCGCAAACAUGCCUUUGCUCUUGAACUUGACGGCAGUUGUCCUGUUGCUCAUCGCUCACUGUGGAUCCUGGACUCUGGCCAGUCGCUUGGGUCCUCAUAAGAUCUGCCCGUCCUGCAAAGACUCCCGAGCUUCUCGGGACCCUGUCGGUGCGGCCAACACAGCUGUGCUGGCUUUAGGGGAGCCGUGCGGGGUUUACACGCUGAGCUGUGCCAAGGGCCUGCGCUGCAUGCCUCCUCCACGCGACCACAGCCCGCUCCAGGCUCUGCUGCAGGGCCGAGGCAUAUGCACCAAGCAGAUCAAGACGAGUCCCACCGAAAAACCCCACCCUGCAGGUCCACAUCCUUCCCACAGCGGUGAAAUUGAAAAGGCUCCGUGCCGGAAGUUGCUCAACGCCGUGCUGCGUGGCCUCGAACUUACCGUUUUCCAGUCCGAUCGUGACAUCUACAUCCCCAACUGCGACACGCGUGGCUUCUACAGGAAAAAGCAGUGUCGGUCCUCUAAAGGCAUGCAGCGCGGACACUGCUGGUGCGUGGACGAAUUAGGCAUCACCCUACCGUCCCAAGCCGGCGAAGACGGCACUUUACCGUGCGACGGAGAGUGAGACAGGGCACACGGUGCCACAAUUCUGAGCCAGGAGGAAGACGAGGAAGAGGAGGGGAGGGGCAUAUGGGAGACGGGAGGACGAGCCGCUCGUGCUAGACACUGCCUGGCCAUGAGACCCCAGGGGAAAACCACUCAACACGGGAAACACACGCUCCUCGCUCAAACACUCCAUCCAACGCAUCAACUGAAGGUUCACGUCACUGCCAUACGCCUCUACAGGUCCUGCAGCGUGUAAGCACAGAGCCAACGAGACACUCCAUCACUCCACCCGUGGUAGAUCACUUCGAAACGAGACUCUACACCCUGGCCACUUAGUAGCGUCCAUUUUUCUGUGAUAGCCAUCACUGCCUUUGUCUUGUGUAUCUCUGAGUAGGCCGUAAAUACUGUUAAAGCGGGCAUGGGUGCCGUUUUUCUCUCCGCCUCCCCUGCCAUCCCCUCUCCCUCUCUCCAAAGAUACACUGACUAAAUUAAUAUGUAUGAAAGCAAAAUGAUGCCUUUGCAUUUAAUUUAUUCCAGAGUAUUAUUGUAUUUCUUUGGAGAUGUUCAUGUAUUUCAUGUAACCAAGACAUCAACACUACCGUACAUGCACAUGAUUUGGGAAAACAUUCGAUCCUUUCUGUUGUGACAGUCUGAGCGUUAAUACACAAGUCACUUGUACAUAAAUCCUUUUUUUUUUUGUGAUUGCCAUUGGGUGAUAGGUUCUUGAAAGCUGAUGGCUAUUACUCUAUCUGAAAAGGCAUAUUUUUAUAUACUUCAAUAUAAUAUUUUAUAUAUAGAUUGAUGCUUUAUUUAAGGAACUACAAUACCAUGUAUUUUUAUAUUGUCAACAUUGUUUUUUUUUUCUUGUUUUGUUUUUUUCAUUGUCAAGUUUGAUUUCAUGCUGAAAGUAAACACCGGGCUUUGAUGGCACAUUUUAGGAAUAAAAGAAAAAAUUUAAUAAGACACCCUUCAAAUAUAUUGUACUACUAUAUAAUAUAAUAUAAUAUAAUUGGUAUACAUUAUGAUUGUCCAAAAAAAAAAAUCGGGUAUCUAUUUUCUCACUCCAGAAUACAUCGAAGGAAAAAAAAUAUGCUGAAAAUGAAAAUGCACAAAUAUUCAUAUUUCUGUUGUUGUAUCGGUGUAUGUGCCAGUGAUCGCAGGAGGCUCUGCGAAGCCGCAAAGUACAAGAACUUUAAGAAAAUAAAAAACAAAUAGCUAUAUUACUAUU